AUGGCUCAACAUUUCCGGCAAUCUUUCUCAGUCCUCGCCAUCCUGGCCAAUUCAUUGACUGCCGGCUCCCUGUUCACCUAUCCGAUAUUCUCACCUUCCCUGCAAUCUCAACUGAAAUUCUCAAGCAAACAGGUGUCAGGGACAGCUUCAAUCGCUAUUCUGAGUCAAUACCUAUCCGCUGGUAUUUGGGGCUCUUUAGCUGACACGCUUGGAUCGGCCAGAUCCUCUGAAGACCCGCAUUUAACCAAUGGAUCUCAGUAUCCGCAUCAGUCAAGCCAAUCUGCCGGCUUUGAGACUUGGAUUCAAGUCACAAUAGCGUAUUCUAUCUGUGGAGCUGCGACUGCAGCAUCAUACUUUGCAGCAAUCACGGCUUCGACUAGAAUAUUCGGAGAAAAGAAACCCGGACUCUCAGUGGCCGGACCGUCGUCAAUGUUUGGUUUGAGCCCGCUACUGUUGAGCUUCCUGGGCGUGAAAUUCUUCUCAAGUCCUGAUGGAUCAUUCAACAGUUCUGGCUACCUAGCUUUCUUGGCAAUCUUGACGUUGAUUGUUAACAUCACUGGUUCAAUUGGCUUCCAACGGAAUGAUGAAUUGAACUUGACUCCCAGUAGUCCGCACAGCCACGAUGAGCGAACCCCUUUAAUUCAAACCUCACCGCCUGUUCUCAAUCACUCCAUGCACUCAAAAACGGCGGCGACACUCGAGCAAGAUCCUGAAGGAUUAGCUAGUUUCUUGGCUAGUCCAACGGUUUGGAUCUUAGGAACCGUAGUGCUCCUCUCAGUCGGACCUGCAGAAAUGACUAUCGCUUCGAUCGGGGCGGUCGCCGAUGCCAAGAAUCCUGGUCUUGGGACGGCUUUUAAAGCCGGGCAGGUUCAACUGAUUAGCAUCACCAAUACUCUCUCGCGACUUCUCUCCGGAUGGCUAUCUGAUCGGCUCUGUCGAUCUGGCUGGGGCUCACGGCUUGUCCUUUGGGGCUUUGCAUGUUUCUGCUAUUCUAUUGCAUGCUUCUCAGUCGCUGUCAAUGGUGGUAUUGUUUGGGUUCUAAGCGCCGUCACUGGGAGUUGUUACGGGAUCGUUUACACCAUAGCCCCAAGCUUGGUGGCUACCGUCUGGCCAAUCAAAUUCUUUGGUCGAAACUAUGGUGUGAUUUCUUACUUUUUUGCUACAGGAAGCUUCCUGUUCAUCUUCCUCUUCGGGAUCCUUUUUGAGUCCAGCGAUUCGAACUCGAUCGGCAGGGUCUAUGAGAUCUCUGGUAUAUUUGAGCUAAUCUCGAUUGGCUUGAUGGUCCUCUUGUAUCGAAAGUAUUGGAUGCAUGGUAUAACUUAG